UUAAAUAUUAAAAGUACUAACUAGAAAAGAAAUAAACAUCUAAAAGUAGUUUGCUGUCCUUUUACAGCCACAGUGAUUCCUGUCCUCUUAAACUGGCUAUAUUCACAGGCCCAAUGUUUAAUAUUGUUUGGAAAAUAUAUUCGAAACGAGGUGGAGUUAAGUAGGCGUAUUGAGCAAUUAUUUGAGUGUUGGUACACAAUACUUCUAUUAAAGACGUUGAUGCAUUUAGCAUGCCAUUUUCCUAGCAAUUUAGCUCUUACAAAGUAAAACUACGUUUCCUAUGCAUUAUAUCAUGUCCUAUGCAUGCUAUAAUGUUCUCGAUAAAGAAAUGAUAAUGUGCUAAAAUGGUAAAUGUUAAAUAGAAAUAAUUUAAACAGUCUUCAUGGGCCUCACGGAAAAGACAAUUAAUACAUUGGUGCAUUCAUUGACUCAAAACAUGAAAUAUAUGUACUGUAGUCAGCAUGAUACCUCAAAAUUAUAACUUUACUAAUUAGGGUGCACUUUUUGGAGGGCCCAUGAUAUAUUGAUAAAAUGGCAAGUUGAACAAUUCUAUUUUGCAAAAACAAAAUAUUAUUUAUCAUUGUUUGACUCAAAUUCACAGACCUAGCUGAUUAGCUGCUUCAACUCUCAUCCAAGUUACUGAAGUAGGGCUGACUUUUCACUGUGCUCAUCAUCUUUUCACUGUGCUCAUCAUCUAUUUUACAGGCUAUAUGGCAAUAGUGUAACGUUAGCCAGAGAUAUUACAGGAAAACGAGACCUAAUUGCUUACUAGCCGCUUAACACAAUUCACAGAUAAUAAGCAGUUGUAAAGACCAAGUUAGAAAAACGCAUUAGUCUGUGCAGUGUGGCCUAAGCUGGCAUGUUGGAAGUGACCAAGCAAAAUACCUCUCCUCAUAAUUUAAGGAAAACAUUAACCUACAGAUAAAUAGCUUGUGCGUUCCAGUGGGAACCGUGAAGGUUAGUUUAAUCUCACUAGCCUGAUUAAUGAGUUGUUAAAACGUACAGAGCAGCAGGCAUGAAAGUCUGUGAGGAACCUGCAUUGAUAUUCAAUUAUCAAAAUUAUCUUUUUAAAACGUAAUUAAUCUGUGCGUGGCAUAUAUUUAGUUUGUGAGUUUAGUUAUGAAAGUGUUCAUUCUGUGAAGGCUCUAAAUCAACAGGCUAAAUCCUACAGUUUAGAAACCAGUGCAGAAGGCAGAAUAGAGAUCUGUGGUUCAAUUGGUUGGGAUGGCGAAACCACGCCCCUCGUAUUGGUGGGCAUUAUUUACAUGUUGAGCCUCAAUAUACAAUAAGACAUGAAGACAAGCGGUGGUGGCUAUCAUACACCAUUUGAACUGACCACCUAAGAAUUGCAAUGUCCUUAUAUUCAGACUCAGGCGGACGCAUGACUCUCAGAUGUAAAUUUUGUGAGGUGGAGCAGCAGGGAGAGACCCAGGGGAAACUAGCGACAGGUAUUGUGGACGAUGCUAUUCACUUACCUCUGACAUCGGAUGUGCCAUGUAGCUCAAGUGAGUUUGAUGCGCCUCGGCCAAGUGCCUUAUUUAGUAACGAUAGAUCCUGUGGAUCCUACGCUGAAGCUGAGGAUUGCAUCAUACAUGCUCAGUUUAUGAGCUCUGUAUUCUCGAAAAGCGCGUCGUUCUACCUUAAGGAUUAUUGCCUUCACAGUACAGAUGAGGAACAUGCGCACAUGCAGAACGGGAAAAGUUUGUUCGCUUACGAUAGUUACCAAAGUUUUACUCCGUCUCUUGGGAGUUGUUUAAUAAAACUUCGGUCAGAGGACACGGGGGGUGCUGCCAACGGAUUCGAGUGGAUGAAACCAAAAAGAAACAAUUCAAAAAGAUGUUCGCUAGCUUGCGGCUUGGCUACUGCAACAGCUCGCACCAGCUUCACUACCAGACAGGUGACUGAACUGGAGAAAGAGUUUCACUUUAAUAAGUACAUCGGCGGGCAAAGAAGAGCCGAGAUGGCGAGCGCGCUGCAUCUAAGCGAAUCGCAAGUGAAAAUCUGGUUCCAAAACAGAAGAAUGAAGCAGAAGAAGCGGGAGAAGGAGGAGGGCCUUGUCCGAAUUACGCGCUCUACGGAGCUGCACUCUUCCUCCACAGGCUCCCAGCCUGCUCACUGCCACAGCUACCCCUGCUAUCAUAAUAGUGCCUCUGCAUAGCCUGUGUGUGCCAAAUGCCAAAUGGUGUUUAGUUCAUUGUUUGCACUAUAUAAGUUAUUUGCUUGCACUAUUUCUAACAAACUUUUUUAAUAAUUGCUUUACAUUUUAAUUUGUAUUGAUAAUCUCUCAAAAGCAGGACCUUAUAUCUAAUUUUCCAAACAAUAAGAAUGUCAAUUUCAGUGCCUUUAAAGCAUAUAUUUCCUAAUAUCUUACUUGUUCCAAGGACCAUGAAUGUAUUUUUUUUUAUUUAUGCAAUUGUUAUGUUCUUAGCAUAACUAAAACUGAUAUUGUCUUUAAAAAAGAUUGUCUAUGUUUAGACUAUUAACAUGGAAUGUACAUCUGAACUAACACUAUUAUCAUAAUAAAUAUAAACUGUAUUUCCUCUGAUGAUACAACAGUGCUGCUCAUAUCCACCUCUGUCAGACUAGGGCUGUCUAACACACAGGGUUCCAUUGUAGGACCUUCAAUUUCCAUUUUAUCUAUGCAAAAAUGAAAAGGGAAAAUAUAGUUCAAGAGAAAUCUCCCAAAUAACAAUUAGUAGUAAAUGUUCCAGAUAAUUAAUAUGCGAAUAGCUACUUGUCAACUAUGCUCAAACAUAUGAAGCAGAUGAGCGAAUCAGCAGGUGAUCUUCACACAAUGGUUUUGUAACAUGACCGCACAAUACACAUAAUCUUCACAUUGAUACCAAUAAAUC